AUGACAACCGCUGCCCAGACGCAAACUAAGAGGGAGGGCGAUAUUUCUGACUCCUUUGUCUCGUUGUCUGGCACUGCUAGGCCGCCUCUUCCUCAAAAAUUCCUGGAGCUUAAGAAAACUUUGGUUCACGGUCUUGAGAAUCAUGUAAUCGAUAGUUGGAAUAGACUUCUCGCAGAGCUCAAACGAGAGAACAAAACAAUCGCCGAAGGAGGUCCUGCAGUUAUUCCAAGUGUCAGUUUUAAAAGUUUAGACAAAGAUCUUGCCAAAUUCCGGGGCGAAAUUGAGAAGAGAGGCGUCGCCGUUAUCAGGGGGGUGCUUCCGGAAGAUGAGGCCCGGUCGUUCAAAUAUGAAAUCGAAGAGUAUGUGAGACAGAAUCCCCAAACAAAAGCUUUCCCGCCGCACGACCCUCAAGUAUAUGAAUUAUAUUGGUCUGCACCGCAACUUCGUGCUCGGGCACAUCCGAACCUGCUCAAAGUCCAAGUGGCUCUCAUGAAACUGUGGCGCACAUCGGAUCCCGAAAGCCCUAUAUCUACGUCGCAGCCAUUAUCAUAUGCCGACAGACUCCGUAUCAGGCAACCUGGUGAUGCUAGUUUUGCCUUGGGCCCGCAUAUCGACGGAGGCAGUGUCGAAAGAUGGGAGUUGAACGGAUAUGGCCGUGGUGGUGUGUAUGAUAAGAUAUUUGAAGGCUCUUGGGAAGAGUACGACCCAUGGGAUGCUAGCACGCGAGUAUCCGCUGUCGUUGAUAAUUACAACGGGCUAGGCGCCUGCUCGAUGUUCCGAAUGUUCCAAGGAUGGCUGAGUAUGAGCACCACACAGCCAUUCGAGGGAACGCUAAUGGUGACUCCGGCGAUCAAACUCUCGACCGCAUAUUUACUACUUCGUCCCUUUUUCCGUCCCAUUAAGGAUCUUGGUCAAGCAUCUCCUGAAGCUUACCUUGCGGCAGAGAAUUGGGAAUAUGCAGGCGCCGACAUGACGAGCGAGCUCCAUGGCGCGACUCCUGGACACGGUCAAGAGUUAGAUGAUAUUCUUCACCCGCACCUGGACCUUGGGAAUACUAUGGUGCACGUCCCGAAUAUCAAGCCAGGUGACUAUGUAAUAUGGCAUUGCGAUUCCAUCCAUGCCGUUGAUAAAGUUCACAAGGGAAAGUCGGACUCCAGUGUGUUGUAUAUACCAGUCUGCCCAUUGACCGAGAUGAAUGCAAGGUAUCUAGUACGGCAGAGGGAUGCUUUCUUGAACGGUACCCCUGGCCCUGAUUUUCCGGGCGGGAGAGGAGAAGCCGACCACAUCAAUAGGCAGACCCAAUUGCAUCUUCGCUCGUAUGCUACCACCGACGGGUUACGGGCUUUCGGGUUUGAAAGGCUAGUAGCAGACGCGACGGAUACCAGCGGAGCAAAAGCAAUUACUUCGAUGGCGAAUGAGAUUCUGGGAUUCUAA